CUUGAAAGGGGGAGGGAACUUCGCUGAGACGUUCGGUGAUGGGAGCGCAAUGUAUGAGGGGAUAUGGUGCCUCAGGUUUAAAAGAGCAGGAAGCUGAGUGAGAGGGUGCAGAAAGUGCCUUCGCUUGGCGGAGGUUACAGGUGGUGCCUCAGAGUAGCGCUCUGAGGCUGCAGCCUGUAGUCGGGAGGGAGAUCGGAGAACUGAGUGGAAGGGACAGUUUGGGGUCUAGAAUCUUGAGAGGAGGGAGAAGUUCGUGACUUUCUGAGAACUGGCAGGAAUGUGCCUCCUGGCCCUCGUUGCUUCCCCUCUGAGGGGAGGCAUGGUGAGGGAUUGUGGCAGGCUCCACUGAACACUGAGCUGCAGAGGUUCAACUCUACGUAUGGAUCCAGAGAAUAAGAAGUCAGCCACAGAGGCUGCCGCUAUCAUAGACCUCGAUCCCGACUUCGAACCGCAGAGCCGUCCACGAUCCUGCACCUGGCCCCUUCCUCGACCAGAGCUCGCUACGGAGCCACCAGAACCGUCCGAGGUGGAGCCAGGUCUGGGACAGAAGGUACACCCGGAGGGACACUCCGAACCAAUCCUGUUGCCCUCUCGGCUCCCAGAGCCGGCAGGGGGCCCCCAGCCGGGAAUCCUGGGGGCUGUAACAGGUCCUCGGAAGGGAGGCUCCCGCCGGAAUGCCUGGGGGAAUCAGUCAUAUGCAGAACUCAUCAGCCAGGCCAUUGAAAGCGCCCCGGAGAAGCGGCUGACACUCGCCCAGAUCUACGAAUGGAUGGUCCGCACGGUGCCCUACUUCAAGGACAAGGGUGACAGCAACAGCUCGGCAGGAUGGAAAAAUUCCAUCCGUCACAACCUGUCCUUGCACAGCAAGUUCAUCAAGGUUCACAACGAGGCCACCGGCAAGAGCUCUUGGUGGAUGCUGAACCCCGAGGGUGGCAAGGGUGGCAAGGCACCCCGCCGCAGGGCUGCCUCCAUGGAUAGCAGCAGCAAGUUGCUCCGGGGCCGCACCAAAGGCCCCAAGAAGAAACCAUCUGUCCUGCCAGCUCCACCUGAAGGUGCCACUCCAAGGAGCCCUCUAGGCCACUUUGCCAAGUGGUCGAGCAACCCUUGUUCUCGAAAUCGGGAAGAAGCUGAUGUGUGGACCACUUUCCGUCCACGAAGCAGUUCAAAUGCUAGCACUGUCAGCACCCGGCUGUCCCCAAUAAGGCCAGAGUCUGAGGUGCUAGCAGAAGAGGAAAUGCCAGCCUCAGCCAGCAACUACUCAGGGGGUGUCCCUCCCACCCUCAGUGAAGAUCUGGAGCUGCUGGAUGGGCUCAAUCUUGCAUCUCCCCAUUCCCUGCUGUCUAGGAGCAGUCUCUCUGGCUUCUCUGUACAGCAUCCAGGGCUUGCUGGCCCCUUACAUAGCUAUGGUGCCUCCCUCUUUGGCCCACUAGAUGGGCCUCUAUCAGCAGCAGAAGGGUGCUUUUCAAGCUCCCAGUCUCUAGAGGCCUUGCUCACCUCUGAUACACCACCACCUCCUGCUGAUGUUCUCAUGACCCAGGUAGAUCCUAUUCUGUCUCAGGCUCCCACACUUCUGUUACUGGGAGGAAUGCCUUCCUCUAGCAAGCUGGCUACUGGAGCUAGCCUAUGUCCUAAGCCGCUAGAGGGUCCAGGUCCCAGCAAUCUGGUUCCCACCCUUUCUGUGAUGGCACCACCUCCAAUCAUGGGAGGUGCUCCCAUCCCUAAGGUUCUGGGAACCCCUGUGCUCCCAUCUCCUACUGAAGCGACCAGCCAUGACAGAAUGCCUCAGGAUCUCGAUCUUGAUAUGUACAUGGAGAACCUGGAGUGUGACAUGGAUAACAUCAUCAGUGACCUCAUGGAUGGCGGCGAGGGACUGGACUUCAACUUUGAGCCAGAUCCCUGAGUCACAGCCAGAAGCCUCGUCCCCUGCUUCAGACUCAGAGGUGGAGCCAGGCCUGUCCUUAUCUACUUUUUCCCCUGGAGCCCUCCUCAGGAGGUUGGGACCCUGCUUUGGAGCUAGGGUUAGGUGGUCACACACAUGACUAUUGAGGAGAUUCUAAAGAUAAAGCUGUGCCAUGUGGGGAUUAUGGAGGAGGGUGAUGGGAGGAAGGAGGAAAGAGGGCUUAUUCUCACUGUGCCAAUUAGGGGGUAAUUAUGGCCCUGUCUCAGGAGCCAUCAUUGAUUUCCCCUUCCCACCUCCUAGGCCUUGUAGCAGGGGCCAGCAAUGCUGUUGGAAAUGUGAAGUCACCAGUGGCCUUAUUAAUCCUGCCUUUGGGAGCAGGAUGAUAAUGAUGAUUAUUAUUUUUUUUUUGUAGAGAGUCUUACUAGAGCUGGCCCAGGCUAGGUUGGGCCUGGAUUUUUAUGCAGUGGGGUGGGGGGGGGGGGGGGGGGGCUAGGGGACCUAGAAGGGCCAAGUUUUGAGCACUGGAGUGGCUCAGCAGGCCAAAUCACUUUUGGAAGGAUGCAGAUAAGAGACAGGCUUUUUAUAAACUUUUAAAGAACUAUAAACACGAAUAUAGAGAUUUUUAACAGUGAUGAGGUGCUAGUAAUGGCGAGAGUGCUUUGUUUCUUUCUGAAGACUUUGUCACAGUGGCAUGACACAAACACUACAUAUUCUAGGAGGGGAUCCAGGAAGCUGGGCACGGGUGGGUAGCAAAAGUGACCACAGGGAAGCCCACCCUUUUUUUUUUUUUUUUUU